CCCCUCAUCCCAGGCGGUCCUUUGGACAGCCCUCGACGAGAUCUUGAAGGAAGAUGGCGUCCCCCGUGGUGGAGAAAGUGGGGCGCCUGGUCCGGCAGCUCCGUGUCUCUCGGAAGCUCUGGCUACCCGGGCUGACUCAAGUCAGGUGGAGCCGAUACAAUCCUGCAUAUAUUGAUCCAGAAGUGAAUAAAGAAAUUUAUCGUAAAUCUCCAGAGGAAAUGUCAGAGGAGGACAAAAAGAAACAGCAGUUGAAAACAAUCCAGCCGGUAAAAGCUACCGAAUCCAGCAUCACCAGUUCUGUGUUUUAUGAUCCUGCGAUCAGCAGAUUCAUUAACAUGAUGAUGAAAGGAGGUGAUAAACUUUUGGCACGUACCAUCAUGAAUCAGACUUUAGAGGCCAUUAAAAGGAAGCAACUUGCAAAAUACCAUGAAGCCAGUGAGGAAAUGAAAGAAAAAAUUGAGUGCAAUCCUUACAAAAUCUUCCAUCAAGCAAUCGAAAACUGCCAACCUGUAAUUGGGCUUGUGGGUAUCAUAAGAGGAGGUAAAAAGUAUCAGGUACCAACUCCUUUAAAGAUUAGUCGGCGGAGAUUCUUAGCCAUGAAGUGGAUGAUCACAGAAUGCAGAGAAAACAAGCACAGGCGAACAUUAAUGCCUGAAAAGCUCUCAAAUGAGCUUCUGGAAGCCUUCAGCAACAGUGGCAACGUGAUAAAAAAAAAGCAUGAGUUGCACAAAAUGGCAGAAGCUAACCGGGCCUUUGCUCAUUAUCGAUGGGGGUAAAGAAUGUGCUGUUGGAUCAAGUGUAUGAUGACUUUUGCUACCAGAAAAGACAACUUUUCAGUGUUUUAAUUCCAUGUGCUAUUCUUUGCGUAUCACUAAUCUGAGCAGAAAGUUGCCUGCUUCCCAUUCAACUCUCAUCAAAAGAAUAUGAGCUGAAAAAAAAUCAGGGUCCCCCUUUUCAAGUUCACAUCGGAUGUGAUUUUGAAUAUGUCACAUCCCAAAUGACAUCAUCAAUACAAAUAAUUGUUUAUUUCCCACUCUUGUGUUCAUCAAUUUCCAUUCAUGUUUUGGAAAACUAACAAGCAGGUGAUUGAAGGUGAUCAGAGCUGAAAAAUAGUAAAAAUGGAAACUACUUUCUGAUUUGUUGCUUGUAUAUGUGGUGAAGAAAAACCUUUAUAUUAUAGAUUCUUUGCAGAAAAUAACGUGAAUGAGAGAUCAGUAGAAUGAAUAUUUGUCUCUGUUUACAUAUAUGUUAUUUCAUGGGCAAAAAUAAAUGACGCAGUUUUUAUCCUUAAAAUAUAGUGAGUGUUGGAGGGGUUGCCAAAAGUCUUCUCUGUCUGCAUCCAGUGAAAUAAUUACUAUAUAGCUUAUUUUACCUAAUUUUUAUUUAAAUAACAUGUACUAAUUUUAAAUUAUAAGCCCCUUAUCUACAACACACAAAUUCUACUUGAUUGAAAUGUUUCAGGCUUGCUGAUACCUUCUGGAGGUAGCAAGAAUGCCAAACAUUUUAAUGUUUCCAUUUAUUAAUGAAAUAUAUACAACACAUAAGACCUGAAGCUGGUUUAGGAAUUACAGCAAUAAUGAACUUCUUUAGAAGAAGAUCAUAAAUUAUUAGAUUAUAACCCUUUUUAUUUUUAGGUAAUAUUAAUUUGCUUGGCUGCAUUUAGGAGUGAUUGAAUUUUUUUUGAUCUGCAUCUUGAGUGUUUUCAGUGGCAUCAGCAAUACCUAGAGAUAAGUUAUCAAACUGAAUUUAAAGUAUUGUUAGCAACAGACUUGGAUAGAUCGAACAAAAAUAGUAUUUGGGGGAAAAUAAUUAACCACUGGUAAAAAUCGUCAGUCACCAGGUCCCAGAAAUAAGUUUCUUAUGCAUUCAAAACCCCAGAAAUCUCUCUCAGGAUUGGACAGAACUUUGUUCCAUGGUCAACCAGUGUAACAGGUAGCCUUCUGAAGUGGUAAACUUCCAUUUCUGUAAAAGAAAAUUCCAGCUCUUACCAUAAAGUAUAUUGUUUUCAUUGAAUUAAAAAUGGCAACCAGAAAUGUGCCUUCAUGAGCUAUCUUGGUAUUGUCGUAUUUA